GCAUAGAAGUACUUUAUACCCUUUCUCCAUUUGUUAUAUCCAAUCGGAAAAAAUGAUGAGGUUUAAGCAGCAGUGAGAAAUAGCAGAGAGUUCCAGCCAUGGCUUCUCAGGCCUAUUCCCAUCAAAUGCAUUUGUCUACACUAAAAAUGUCUCGUUCCCUUUCAUUCCAACUGCUCAAUCCUACAAAUAAAUCAUGCACGGUAUGCAAGAUCAAUCCUUAUAGGAUUACAUUAAACAAAGCAUUUAUCAGAAUGAAGCACCUAAGAAAAAUAAGGGUGAUUAAGGCUUCAAACGCUGAAGCUGAAAUUACCAAUACAAACUCAGAAAUUGUAAAUACAGACACCCAAUUAGUUAAAAGCGAAGGAGACGCCCAAACAAUGGUUCGGCAAGUUUUUGAGAAACUGAGAGAAGAAGAGAAACAGAGGGUUGAAGAAUUAGAUGAGAUAGAAAGAAAGGCAAAUUUGCAGUUUGAGAGAGAAUACGUCAUGGCCUCAUCAUGGGGCAAGAAACUUCUUAAGUUGCAAGGGAAGCUUAAGGGAACACCAUGUGAUCCAGAGAAUUCACAUGACAUUUCUUUCAGUGAAUUUGGGAAGCUUCUUGAUAAAAAACAAGUUAACUACAUGGAAUAUGGAGAUCUGGGCCAGUCAGUUGCAGUUAUUUUGCCACAUUACAAGGAUGGUAAGGCAAUGGAUGGUCGCAUUGUAAGGUCACUGGAUGAUUCAGAAAGGGAGAUUGUAUUUCGACGUCAUGUGGUUAAGAGGAUGCCUGUUGAUUGUGGGAAUGAUAUUUGGCAAAAAUUACAUCAACAGCUAAUCAAUGUAGAGAUUGUGAACACAAAUACCAUACCUUUUCAAAUAUUUGCACCAUUUGCACUCGCAGUUUUAUGGGCAAUGCGACUUGGUCUUGCAUAUUUCUUAUACCUUAGACUUGAUUCCUUUCUGAGGAAGAUCUAUUCAUGGGAUAAUCCUGAGCGCCCAAGGUUUAAAGAGGAAGACGAACCUUCAGCUUUUGAGAAGAAAAGUGAACUUGGAGCUUUUGCAGAGAGCAGGGCUAGAUUUAUUGCUGCAGAGGAAAGUACAGGUGUCACAUUUGAUGAUUUUGCUGGACAUGAAUACGUCAAGCGCGAAUUACAAGAAGUUGUAAGACUUUUGAAGAAAACUGGUGAAUUUGAGGGUACUGAUGUGUAUUGCCCCAAAGGAGUUCUUUUGUUUGGACCUCCUGGAACUGGUAAAACUCUGCUAGCAAAGGCUAUUGCUGGGGAAGCAGGCGUUCCUUUCUUUGCUGUCAAUGGAUCUGAAUUUGUUGAGAUGUUUGCGGGUGUGGCUGCAUCUCGUGUCAUGGAUCUUUGGGCUCGUGCUCGGCGUUCUGCGCCUUCCAUUAUAUUCAUUGAUGAAAUUGAUGCAAUUGGGGCUGAACGUGGUGGGCCUGAUGUUGGUGGGGGUGGUGCAGAAAGGGAGGCAGGCCUGAUGCAGAUCCUCACUGAGCUGGAUGGCUUCAAAGUUUCUACAGAACAAGUUCUUCUAGUGGGGGCUACAAACAGAAAGGACCUAUUAGAUCCCGCACUUCUGAGAAAAGGUCGAAUAGACAAGAUCAUAAAUGUAGGAUUGCCGACAGAGGAAGGCAGGCUUGCAAUCUUAAAGGUUCAUGCUAGGAACAAGGCUUUUAGGUCUGAAGAAGAAAAAGAGAAGUUGCUGAAGGAAGUUGCAGAAGAAACAGUAGAUGCGAGUGGAGCAGAGCUGGCAAAUAUUUUGAAUGAAGCUGGAAUUUUGUGUGUACGGAAGGACAAGGAUUUUAUUGAAAGGGAAGACCUAGUGGAGGCAAUGAGCAGGCAAGAAGGGGAAUUCGAAACAGGUCUGGAGGACCAUGUUGAGUUUUCUCUAGAAGUAAAAAUGCAAGUGGCAUAUCGAGAGGCUGCAAUUGCUGUUCUGGAAUGUUAUUAUCCUAAUCCAUAUCGUCCUUUUGUGAAGACAGAUAUUCUAGUUGCAGAUAAUACAGCCAACAUGGAGUACAUGGAACCACGGCAUAAUGUGUUUGCAAGAAAAGCUGAUUAUGUGAACUCAAUAGUUCGCGCUUGUGCUCCCAGGAUUAUUGAAGAGGAGAUAUUUGGUAUGGACCAUUUAUCUUGGCUAUCAGGAGCAGCUCUUUCUGAAGCUGGUGUGUAUGCAGAGAAAUUCAUUUUACAAACUGGCCUGUCCGUGCUUGGGAAGAUAUAUUACAGAAAAGAAGAAGAUGUUAUGGUUCAUCUUCAUAGAAAGAUACAAGCGUUAAGGGAUGAGUAUGUACGAUAUGGUGUGGAGAAAUGCACAUCUGUUUUAAGAGAGUAUCGUUCUGCAGUUGAGAACAUUGCAGAUAUUCUGCUAGAAAAAAAUGAGAUCAUGGCUGAUGAAAUCUGGGACAUAUUCAGGAAGGCUCCAAGAAUUCCACAGCCCCCAGUCACGUCUCUUGAUGAAUAUGGAGCACUCUUGCAUGCAGGGCGUUGGGGUAUACAUGGUGUCUCUUUGCCUGGGAGAGUUACCUUUAACCCAGGUUAUACAGGUUAUGCAACAUAUGGUGCUCCACGACCACAAAUGGGACAAGUCGUUAGUGAUGAUGUAUGGAAGGCUGUAGAAAAGCUUUUGAAUGAAGAUCCAAGGAAGCGCUUUGGAAUGAAAGAGGGAGCACCAGCACCUAGAGUUGUUAUGAGUGAACAGUUUUUAUAAAAUCGGCUAUAAGAUUUUGUAUGACUAAUUUAUUUGGCUUUCGUCUUGUUGUCAUUGCUCAUUCACCGUACACCCAUUAAGUAUGAACUUUGCUUUGCAAGGAUAAAGCCACUUCAUUUUCCUCGUCAUUACAGUAAGAGAUAAGAGUUCACUUGAUUCAGUUUUAAGGCAUCCGGUUGAAUUUUGUUCAGUGAUAGCUAUUGAGGAAUAGAUCUUUCAACGUUAAAAUUUCAGCAUAUACCUUAUUCUUUGCCUUUGUAGUUUGAUGCAAAAUAUAAUCACUUCCCAGCCUUGUAAGGGAUAUGAUUAUGCCUAUUUUAGGUAGCGUUUUGGGGAAUUAUGAUGAUCAAAUUUUUAGUAGCUUGUAUAUAAUUACAAAGUGUUUCCCAGUCC